GUUGUCGUUUGGUUAGUUGGGAGUUGGCUGGAUGAGGAAGCGGAUCAGACCCCAGAAACAAGACCAGAACCAGCACCGACAGAGACCUGAAGUCCAGACCAGGACCACAACACUCCCACCCAGAGACCCGAGUCCGUGUGGAGGUUCAGACCGACGCAGAGUCCCAGUUUAUCCGCUGUUUCUACAACUUGAUCCAGUUUAACAAGUGACCCAGCAGCUAGCCUGCUAACAGCUAGUUAGCCUGCUAACAGCUAACUAACUAACAGGGAAGUGAACAGGUGUGUCAGGUGACGUCGGGCUCGAGCCGCAGGUGUGUUUUCUUCAGAGGACUCAGACAGUAGAAAAAGAAGAAGAAAAUGAGUGGACAGAACAACAUCCAGGCGGUGAAGAAGAAGAUCCAAGUGCUGCAGGAGCAGGCGGAGGCAGCUGAGGACAGAGCUGCCAAACUGCAGCAGGAGGCGGAAAAGGAGAAGAAGACAAGAGAGGAGGCGGAGGAGCAGGUGAUUGCUCUAUCUCGCCGUCUGCAGCUCAAUGAUGACGAGCUGGAGUGUGCUCAGGAGAAACUGAGCUGCACCCUCCGUAAACUGGACGAGGUGGAGAAGUGUGCUGACGAGAGCGAGAGAGGUAUGAAGGUGAUAGAGAACAGAGCUCUGAAGGAUGAAGAGAAGAUGGAUUUACUGGAGUGUCACCUGAAAGAAGCCAAACACAUUGCUGAGGAGGCCGACCGCAAAUAUGAAGAAGUGGCUCGUAAACUGUUGAUGCUGGAAGGAGAGCUGGAACGAGCUGAAGACAGAGCUGAGCAGGCAGAGAGUAAGAGUCGAGGGCUGGAGGAGGAGCUGAAAACUUUCUUCACUAGUUCAAAGUCUCUGGAGGCCCAGGCUGAGAAGUACACUCUGAAGGAAGACAGGUAUGAAGAGGAGAUCAAGAACCUGAGCAACAAACUCAAGGAGGCUGAGAGCAGAGCUGAGAAUGCGGAACGUAAAGUGGCCAAACUGGAGAAAGCAGUCGAGAUUCUGGAAGACUCUCUGACUUCGGCUAGAGACGCCAACAUGGAGCUUCAGUCGAAUCUGGAUCAGACCAUAGCGGAGCUCAACUCCUGCUGAAUUUCCUCCUCCCCCGCUGCUCCUCCCUUCUGCUGCCCGACAGGUGGACGUCAGGGACUCUGUGGCCGAAACAUUCCUAUGACUCUUCCUCUCCUUCCGCUGUUACUCCCCUCUCCUCCUUUCCUGGGGGAUGUUCGGGAGGUCAGGGUCAAACUCUGUGGCCAAAACAUUCCUCCCCCUGCUCCUUUCCUCCCCCUUCACAUCCCUCUAGCUACUCCUUUCCUCCCACCCUCACAUCCCUCUAGCUGCUUCUUUCCUCCCCCCUUCACAUCCCUCUAGCUGCUCUUUCCUCCCCCCUUCACAUCCCUCUAGCUGCUCCUUCCUCCCCCCUCACAUCCCUCUAGCUACUCCUUUCCUCCCCCCCUCACAUCCCUCUAGCUGCUCCUUCCUCCCCCCUCACAUCCCUCGGCUGGCUGCUUGGACUUCAGGAAACAUUCCUCCUCCUUCCUUCACCUCCUCCUCUCCUGGUGGAUGUGAGGGAGGAGUCAGGGCGGUUUAGGCCUCUCCUUCUCCUUUCUUAAAGAUUCCUGCUUUCACACAUUCCAUCUGAUUCUUAAAGUCACAUUUGGAGUGUUGCUUUAAUUUACUCCUCGUGUCUGGACCUCCUCUUCCCUCCUCCCUCCUCCCUCCUCCCUCCUCCUCCCCCACUGACAGUGCCAACUCCCCCCUCCCCUCCUCAGUAUUAUGUGCAGGAGGCCAGACGAGGAGCUGCUUGAUAUGUUUUGUUAUAAGGGAGUUUAACUGUGACUUACAGCCGUGACCUCGUUAAGAACUAACGGACUAAUUAAGUGUUUGUCUUAACGGUUUGUCGUUACUUUGUUUUUGUUGCCACAUUAAUUAAUUAAUGAUUGAUUGAUUAGAGCCGAAGUCCUGUCAGCCAAUGAUUUAUUAUUUUUGUUCCUGGGGGUGUAGUUUAAGGUAGCCAAUCACAGCGAGGCAUUCCACUGCCAUGCUUGGUAGUCCAGGGGCCAAUCGGAGACACAGGUGACUUUUGACCUGAUGACAUGAAUAAAUGGAAAUGUUUUUACCUGGAAGCCGGAGAUGAUGUCAUUGCCGUGCUGAUGUCACAGCUCAUUGUAAUAAAUCAUGACACAAAGAGACAGGAUUUUAUAAAAUAAAAGCACCGUCACUGGUAUGUAGAUCCAAA